UGAUUCUUCAUCUCCAAGAACAAAGAGGGGGGUAGGAUUAGGAAAGCUGACAUAAAAAAUGUUAAUGUAGUUCUAGUUUAAUAGUUAACUACUUAGUGCUUACGUGCUUGUUUUUGAGAAUGACGACUAAGUACUUACUUGCUCGCACUUCUCUAAACUGCAUAAUUUCUCUGAAAGUUGCACAUUUUGUUCAAUUUAGCACUUUUUGCUCUCAACUUACAUACUUUUGUCGACAAAGACAAUGAAGAUGCAUACGGGAAUAGGUUUGCUAGAGUCGAAUUUCGUAGAAAUUCUUGGUGGUGGUUCAGUACGGCUGCAGAGCACGAGUGGUUUCCGCUUUGUGGCAGAAGGCGGACCAGACAAAGGUUGUAACCGCACCUGCUUCUACGAUCAUUCCAACGGACAACACUGCGGACGAUGGGACGGUAGGAGAAGUGAUGCUAGUAGCUGCUCUUGGCCGUCUAUGGUUUAUCCACUCAGUCGCACAUCGAGCAGCGAUGAACAGGCUUUCGGACGUCUUCUGCCGCGGCAUGGUGGAACCUACGACAAUGCGACACGACAGAAAAUGAGAAGCAGCUUUCUCUUUUGGUCCUCUCCAAAAGCGGAUACGCCGCAGGACUGGGUAGAACCGAUGGUGAAUGGCUUCACAGAGGGAGGGAGCAAGUGCCAGUGUAGCACACUGCCGCCGAUAACUUCUCUGAAGGCAAUGAGCGGACGCCAGCGCGAGCACGCGGAAGAGGAAGCAGCGCAGGCAAUGGCCUUACCUUUCAAGCACUUCGGAAAGGCAAUCGAGAACUGGGACCAAACUCGCGCCAACCUAUUUUUAAAACUCAAAAGGUACUUUCCAUUCUAAGUACACAAUUUGGAUAGCUUAUCGAAUGACGAAUUGCCUCUUUCUUCUUCAGAUACCUUGUAACUUGAUUAGAACCUAUUAAUGAAAUUUUCGUCUUCAAUUUGUACACUGCCUCAAGCAUUAUACUGCAGUUACAACGAGGCCCAGCGAGGUCUUACGGAUGCGUUGCGGGCUCUUCUUUCAGGGUUUCGGCAUCAGGCGGCGAUCAACAAGCGAUACAGCAUAGUUUUGCCAGAAAAGCAGCUAGUCGAUCAAGCCAUAGACCAGUACAACAGAAGAAUUGUGCCUCCUGCUUGUACAGUGGGUUUUACACUUCCUCUGCUCCCUGCCAAGGAUCUCUCUGUCGAAGAAUGAUAUCCGUUGGUUAUUGUCAUGUUCUGGAACUAGAAGACAGACUGUUCCUUUCUCCUAGUCCUACGAGUGAAAUCCC